AUGAGCCAUCUACCUUGUGCGUCAAAGAAGAAAAACCAUGUUCCGCACCCGGCCCUUUCCGACCAUGUCGUGGAGGAGAUCUUCGCGCGGCUUCCGGCCAAGAUGGUGUUCAGGCUCCGCUGCCUCUCACGCGCUUGGGCCGCCACCCUCUCCUCCGAUGGUUUCGAGGACCUCCAUCUACGCGCCGCCAACCUCCAUGGCGGCCCCAGGAUCAUGUGCAUGGACGACGACGACGGGGGGACACGAAAGGGGCUCGCGUCGUCGCUCGACCGCCCUGGCGGCGCACCGUUCCUGGACGCCCCACGGAUCAUCACCGGAUACUGUUACCCACCCCUCAUCACCCGAGACAUGCACGAUCACCCGCUCUACAAGAGAGCCCCGCACCUCACCACACAACCGUGCCGCGGCCUCGUCGUCCUAGAAGCUCUGGAAGCAAGGCUCUUUCAUGUCUUCAAUCCAUCCACUGGCCAGAUUGCAACCCUUCCAGAGGGCCGAACGACGGGCCCCAGAACUUAUAUUGGCCCAUACUAUGCACACUUCGGGCUCGGCUAUGACGCGCGCACCGGCAGACACAAAGUUGUCCGCGUUCAUUACCGCGGUUGUGCCGGCCGAUUCCCACUGUCCAUGGGAGCCGGAUGCGAGGUCUACGACAUAAACAACGCCAACUCCGAGGGGUCAUGGCGCGCCAUCGGUGCGAAGCCGACAUGCUGGAUAGACUCUUACAACAGAAACGUCUUUAUGCAAGGGCACUGCUAUUGGUUAGCACACCAGAAAUUGUGCCCUCGAGAGGAUCUGAUUCUUCUCACCUUCUCCAUCAGCAACGAGACAUUUGGGACCGUAUCGCCACCGCCGGGUGUGCGUGACGACAAUCCGUAUCAUCAUAGCUCUUAUGACCUGACCGAGCUCAAUGGAAGACUAUGCAUUUUCCGCCCAUUCUCCAGGUUGCAUAACCAAUACGACGUUUGGCUCCUAAACGGACAUGGAUCGGAUGCAGCUUGGGAUCUUCACUGUCGCAUUGACAUAGACAUGUCUCCGCAGCUUACAAAGUUCAUGUUCAAGCCCUUAACGGAUAACUACAAGUCUUCCAUGGCUCCACUUGCCAUUGUCGACAACGGCCGCCGCAUCCUGCUGCUCACCGAACCUGAUUCGCCAAUAGCAAUAUGUGCAUACACUCUCGACACCGGCGACGUUGAGAGCCUCAUUGACAUGGGCGCCACAGUAAACCUGGCUGCAGUGUACGAGGAAAGCAUCGCCACUCCCGGGUGCCAGCCGCGUGAGGAUAUUGCCUUGAUUUCCUCAUCAUCUACACAGGCCCUGGGGAUAAUAUUACAUCUGCUGCCAAUGCACACCCAUGGAAACCUUAAGCUUGUUUGUCGGAGCUGGCGCUGCAUGAUCGAAAGUGACAUCUGGCGGGGCAUACACCGCAAAAUUUAA